AUGUAUCGGCUAGGAUGUAAAUUUAAUUUUAUUAACCGUCCUAUUUUCUAUUUAAUCAAAGUUUUUUUAUAUUUGAUUAAAGUUGCUAUCAAAACUUAUAAAGAAAUAUUUUACAAAUAAAUUAGAUUUAUAUCUCCAAAUUAAAAAGAUAUAAAUUUGAAUUAUAAUUGUUAAAUAAAAAUGAAGAGUGUUUUUCACUUAAAUAUAGACUUGAAUAAAAGGAAUUAACUUUGUAACAAAUAAAUUAUAAUAUGGAAACUUAUCAAAUUUGGAAGUAAUCCUUAAAGUUAAACAUCUAAGAAUAUAUUUUGA